GUGCUUCCGUUUUCAUCUUUCGUUUCGUGUGUGGGUAGGUUAGGUGUAGCAAAACUACGGAGUAGUUUUCAAACAUUUCUCGCUUUCUACGGUGUAGGAACCCCAACCUCUGCGAUGAGUCUUUUGUCCAGACUAUUUGGAGGUGGCAAAAAUACCGAUAAAGCCCCUGCGCCUGGAGAGGCAAUUCAGAGGUUACGUGACGUAGAAGAAAUGCUGAAUAAGAAACAGGAAUUUCUCGAGAAAAAAGUCAAUAUGGAAUUGGAUGCAGCAAAAAAGUAUGGCACAAAAAACAAGCGAGCUGCCUUAGCGGCAUUGAAACGCAAGCGCAGGUAUGAGAAGCAGCUUGCACAAAUUGAUGGUAUGUUGACAACCAUUGAGUAUCAGCGAGAAGCCCUAGAAAAUGCAAACACAAACACGGAGGUCCUCAAAAUUAUGUCAUUGGCCGCCAAGGCUCUCAAGAAUGCACAUGAAGACAUGGACGUGGACAAAGUACAUGAUCUUAUGGAUGAAGUGCAGGAACAACAGGAGAUUGCAAAUGAGAUAUCUGAAGCUAUUUCAAAUCCUGUUGGAUUCGGAGUUGACGUCGAUGAGGAUGAGCUGAUGGAAGAGCUUGAGUCAUUGGAGCAGCAGGAGCUGGACGAGGCACUGCUCGUUGUUGCUGGUCCAGCAACUGAGAACCUACCAGAGCCACCCACCGCAGAGCCAUCAAAAGCUGCAACUGCAUCAAAGUCUAAGGCAGUGCUGGAGGAUGAUGACCCUGACAUGAGGGAGCUGGCCAAAUGGGCGGCCUAAGUGUUACGCUAUUGGUUUUGCUGCAGACGUCUUCAGAAACAGAGUACGAUCCCACUGAUCAGCUUCUUGACAUAGGUGUGAACAUAGCUUGUCAAGUGCCGUGUUUUGGAAAACUGUAUGAUAGACAGUGAACACAAGUAGAAGCGAACGGAGAUGACUGGCAUUCUAUGCCAAGGUAUGGAAGUGGAUCCAGAAAGCAUCGGAUGCUGGCGAGGUGUGAACUCAUUUUGUGAAGGCUAGAACAAGCGGUGUGAGGCAGGAGCAGCAAGUACAGUGAAGCCCAGUUUGGCUAUGUAGAAUUUGAGUUGACAGCUUUGAGUGAAUGUUGCAUCUUCGAUAUGUAGAAUAAAAUGUCAAUUUUGUCUA